AGGCGUUGCGGCGUGAGUGCGGCCUGACUAAGCAUUAGAGCCUUACGUUUUGUAAGGAAAAAAACCGGAGCGUCAACAGUCUGCGUGCGGACGGCUUGAAUCGGUCACAUCUGCUACCAAAUACACAACGGUGAAGCGGCCCCUUCCCGACGUGGGCGGGUUGCACUAUAAAUAUGUCUUACCCGCCACAUCUGAACCGCCCUCCUAUGGGGAUUCCAGCUCUCCCCCCAGGCAUCCCACCACCUCAGUUCCCAGGCUUUCCUCCUCCCCCUGGGACUCCAAUGAUUCCUGUACCAAUGGGGUUAAUGGCUCCCGGACCAACAGUUUUAGUUCCAACAGUGUCCAUGGUUGGAAAGCACCUGGGACCUCGGAAGGACCUUAUGGGUCUUAAAAAUAAAGAAAAUGAUGAAAACAGCGGCCCAACAACCACGGUUUUUGUAGGAAACAUUUCAGAAAAAGCCUCAGACAUGCUCAUCAGGCAACUUUUAGCUAAAUGUGGCUUGGUCUUAAGCUGGAAGCGAGUGCAGGGGGCAUCUGGCAAACUUCAAGCCUUUGGAUUUUGUGAAUACAAGGAGCCAGAAUCUACCCUGCGCGCCCUGCGCUUACUUCACGAUUUACAGAUUGGGGAGAAGAAACUCCUUGUUAAAGUGGAUGCCAAAACUAAAGCUCAGCUGGAUGAGUGGAAGGCAAAUAGAAGAGCUUCCAAUGGGAAUGCCAAACCUGAUUCAGCUACAGAAGAUGAGGAUGACCUGGAUGAAGAGACAAAGAGACGGGAUGGAAUCAUUAAAGGAGCCAUUGAAGUUCUAAUAAAGGAAUAUUCUAGUGAGCUGAAUGCUCCAUCUUUGGACUCUGAUUCUCACCCUAGAAAGAAAAAGAAAGAUAAGAAGGAGGAAUUGUCACAGGAGGAUAUAAAUGCAAUGGAAAUGGAAGAAGACAAGAGGGACUUGAUAUCCCGUGAAAUCAGCAAAUUCAGAGACACGCACAAGAAACUUGAAGAGGAAAAAGGCAAAAAGGAGAAGGAGAGACAAGAAAUAGAGAAGGAACGCAGAGAACGAGAGAGGGAGCGUGAGCGGGAAAGGCGAGAGAGGGAGCGGGAAAGGGAAAAGGAGCGUGAAAAGGAGAAGGAGAGAGAACGUGACCGGACCAAAGACCGAGACCGGGAUAGAGACAGAGACAGAGAUCGAGAUCGUGAUAAGGAACGUGAGCGUGUGAGAGACCACAGUAAGGACCGCAGUCGAUCAAGAGAGAAAAGCAGGGACCGUGACAGAGAAAGAGAGCGCGAGAGAGAGCGUGAAAGAGAGAGAGAGCGGGACAGAGAAAGGGAAAGAGAUAGGGAUAAAGACAAGAAAAGAGAGCGAGAAGAAGAUGAGGAGGAAGCAUAUGAGAGACGGAAGCUGGAAAGAAAACUGCGUGAAAAAGAAGCUGCAUAUCAAGAGCGUUUAAAGAACUGGGAGAUUAGAGAACGCAAGAAAGCCCGGGAAUAUGAGAAGGAUACAGAGCGGGAAGAGGAAAAACGCAGAGAUAUGGCUAAAGAAGCCAAAAGAUUGAAAGAAUUUUUGGAAGACUAUGAUGAUGACAGAGACGAUCCCAAGUAUUACAGAGGCAGUGCGCUACAGAAAAGGUUAAGGGACCGCGAAAAAGAAAUAGAAGCGGAUGAACGAGACCGCAAACGAGAGAAGGAAGAGCUAGAGGAAAUUAGACAGCGUUUGUUAGCAGAAGGUCAUCCUGAUCCAGACGCAGAGCUCCAGAGAAUGGAGCAAGAAGCAGAGAGACGUCGCCAACCACCACAAAUAAGACAACAGCCUGAAUCUGAGGAUGAAGAGGAGGAGAAACCAGUCAGGGAAGAGAAAGUAGAGGAGCCUGUAGAGGAGGAGCAGGAGGAGGAAGAGCCAGAGCCAAAGCCCUGUCUUAAACCAACCAUGAGGCCUAUCAGCUCUGCCCCAUCUGUCUCGUCUGCUAGUGGCAAUGCCACCCCUAACUCUCCUGGUGAAGAGUCCCCGUGUGGCAUUAUCAUCCCUCACGAAAACUCCCCAGAACAACUGCCUCAGGAGGAGUUUAGACCUAAAAUAGGACUUAGCCUAAAAUUAGGCGCUUCCAGUAGCCCAAGCCAGCCGAACGCCGCGAAAAGAAAGAAGCUUCCGGUCGAUAGUGUUUUUAAUAAGUUUGAUGACGAAGAUAGUGAUGAAGUGCCCCGGAAAAGGAAGCUGGUCCCAUUGGAUUAUGGGGAUGAUGAUAAAGGUGCAGCCAAAAAUAACGUGAACACAGAAGAGAAGCGCAAACAUAUCAAAAGCCUUAUUGAGAAAAUCCCCACGGCCAAGCCAGAGCUGUUUGCUUAUCCUUUGGACUGGUCAAUUGUGGACACUACAUUAAUGGAGCGAAGAAUAAGGCCAUGGAUAAACAAGAAAAUUAUAGAAUAUAUAGGUGAAGAAGAAGCAACGUUAGUGGAUUUUGUCUGUUCCAAGGUAAUGGCACACAGUUCGCCUCAAAGCAUACUUGAUGACGUCGCUAUGGUGCUGGAUGAAGAAGCAGAAGUCUUUAUAGUGAAAAUGUGGCGGUUACUAAUAUAUGAAACAGAAGCAAAGAAGAUUGGUCUUGUGAAUUCAUCUGAUCUGUAGAUCUCUCACAAUUAAGCCUCUAAUGCAUCACCACACCUGUCCACAAAAUAACCCAGUGCCCCAACUGGUUUAUUAAACUGAAGCUACUGUACAAUGGCCAAUUGUUUUGCCCACACAUGCUCCUAUGUAUAUAUAUAUUAAAAUCAAAACUUUUUUGCAA